AUGGCGACGUCAGAAGGAGAAGAUGGGGAGAUCAUGAGAAGGCGGCGACGUCUGAUUUUGCAGAACUUUUAUGGGGCGGCAGAGGCAGAGCAGGAGAAGCAGGCCGCCCCCGACCCGGCCAGCAUAGAUAAUGCGGCAUUUGAUCCCGAUCGCUACUUCGAGCGGCUACUCAGGUCACAGGGCGUGCGGCGCCUGUUGAAGACCGACCAAAGCAUGUUGCGGGACAUCAAGAAGCUUGACAGCGACAUGAAGACCCUCGUCUACGAGAAUUACAACAAAUUCAUCAGCGCCACAGACACCAUCCGCGACAUGAAGAGCAACGUGGAGAACAUGGAGGAGGAAAUGCAGCGGCUCACCGCCAACAUGGACACCAUCACCCUCGUCUCUGACGACAUCACUGCCACCCUCGCGCCCAGACGGGAGAAGCUGCACGAGCUGAGCGGAGUGUACCGACUGCUGAAGAAGCGCCAAUUCCUGUUCGAUCUGCCCCGACGUCUCAAGCGUGCGCUCGAGGUCGGGUGGUACGGCCAGGCCGUGGAGCACUACAAGCGUACGCACGGGGUGCUGCGGAAGUACUCCUCGAUCCCCUCAUUCCGCACCAUCCUCCAGGAGUGCGACGAGAUUGUCGCCACCCUUCGCCUCCGCCUCCGCCUCGUCCUCGAAUCCAACGAAGAUCUCAAUGCGGUGGCCGACGCUGCCGGCCUGCUGAUCGACCUCGGUGAGUCCCCUGCUGACCUCCGCUCCAGCUUCCUCUCCGGGAUGGGCAAGCAGCUCGAGCUGAACCUGUCCCAUUUCGAGCAGCUGGCCCUCGACCGCAGCCUCCGCCGAAAAGAGGCAGCACAGCAGCAGCAGCAGCAGCAGCAGCAGCAGGGUAGUGGUAGUGGCGGCGGCGGCGUGUCCUCGCCCCAAACACCACAGCCGCAGCCCUCCGCUGUUCCGCCCGCCAGCGACGGCGGCAACCCGUUCGGCGAAGACGAAGAAGACGAGGAGGAGGAGGAGGGCGAAGGCGAGGAGCGGGCGAGGGAGCUGGAGGAGCGCGAGAAGCAGGCCCGGGCGGAGGCCCGGGAGGAGCGCGAGCUGGAGGAGGUGGUCGGGUUCGUGCGCGAGGUGGACGGGUCCUUCCUCAACCUCUUCCUCCGCUUCAGCGACGCCUACCAGGGCCUCUUCGUGCACCGGCCCGACACCUCGCCCGACGACCGGGCCGCCGCCCUCGGCCUGCUCGACGACUUUGCGCUCGCCCUCUUCCGCCGCUAUCUCGCCCUCGUCCGCACCCACCUCCUCGAGAGCACCAGCCAGGCGAGGUAUGUGGUGGAGGGCCUGCGCGUGGUGCGCGAGGAUCUGCUGGGGCUCAGUGAGCAGCUGGAGGAGCUCUCCCUGCGGCACAUUUCCUCGGACGUCAUCACCAAGACCGUGCAGAAGCUCAUCGAGCAGCGCUUCCAGCACGCCAACGCCGCCAUCCACGACAGUGUGAUGAGCGUGAUGGAGCUGGCCGACUCGGAGGGCGGCGAUCGCAAGCUGCUGCGGCAGCGCGACGGGCAGCAGGUGGCGGAGGUGUGGAGCACCAUCACCCACACCAUCACCGGCCAGGUCGAGGCCUACUUCCAGCAGCUCAAGGCACGUCCCGACAGACGCGGGUUGGAGUGA